UGAUCUAUUACUGAACAGACGCACGGCAACAUGGAAUCUAUUUGUUAAACAGACAAUAGACAUCGCACAACCAUUCCAUUAUUUGCAAGAUCAUAUUCAAGAAUUAGACCUGUUUAAUCCCCGCUUACAUCGCCCAACGAACCCUUCACGAUCGAUAUACUCCAUGUUCUGCAUUCAGCGAGGCUGCAUGGGUGCGCAGACCUCGACCGCAAGUAAGUUUACUGAUAAGAUAUAAAAUUGUGCAAAUUCUAAAUUCUAACUUCACAUACCUCGUGACACUCUUUGUCAAUAUCGGAUGCCUCAACACACAAUAGUUGUAUCGCGCUACAAGCUGCGACAAGUACGCGUCGCGAUCCGCUUUCUUUUCGUCAGGUUUGUCCAACGAAGUCGCAGACGAAGCCGCCAUGUUUGUAUGCCUUGGUUGGGGGAAAGUGCUUUAGUACUUAGUCUUCUGUGGAAUUUCGAGAAGGAGAAACUUGGAAGUCUGGGUACAAGUUGUACAACUCUCAAAACAACGUGGUUCAAACUCAAACUCGUUCAAACUUUGCUAUGAUGAAGAAAGAAUUAGACCAGCAACCAAACAGUUGUGAAGUCUGUAAAGAUGCCUGCCAUAAGUACAAAUGCCCAUCGUGCAGAAUGAAAUAUUGCUCUCUUUCCUGUUUCAAGACACAUAAAGGUGACAUGUGUGAAAAAGAAACAAAUAGAAGAAAAGAAGAAAAAGAGGAAAAUGAGAGAAGGACAAGAGCUAUAUCUCACUCAGUGCAAGAAACUGAGGAGGGUGAAGUUACAGACAGUUGUUCAGAUGACGAUUCAGACAAUGAUGACAGAAUCAGCAGAAAUAUUCUUGAAAAGCUGGGUCAUUCACAAGAAUUACACAGCAUGCUACACAACAGACACUUAAGGGAAAUGAUCAGAGAAAUUGAUUCUUCAGAAGACCCUGGGAAGCUUCUCAGUCAGGCCAUGCAAAUCCCCAUUUUCACAGAGUUUGCAGAUGAAUGUUUAAGAAUUGUAGAACCACAAGAUGAAAGUGAAAUGGUGCACUGAGGCAUGUGACUUGUCUGAGUGAAAGAAACAAACCCGCCUUCAUUCCACACAUGUCAUUAGUGAUGCAAGUGCAAUUUUACAAAAACAUGAGGGAGACCAUCAUUUUAAAUUAGAACUUACACAAGAUACUAAGGAAGUACAGUUCAUGUUACAUGAUGUAAACUUUCAAUUAUUAAUGUGGUUUUGUUGCCAUCUCAUUGUAAAUGUUCCUGGUAUGUGGAGUCUUACAGCAGCCUGACUGGUACCAGUUUCCUGUGAUCAUCACGAAAGAGUACUUAUAACGUGGUUGAAUCCCUGAUGCUAUGUACUAAUGUUAUCAUUAGGUCCCUGUGAUGUUUCUACAAAGUAUUGCCUGAUAUUUCUCAACAUGUUAUUGUGCACAACAA